AUGACCCUAACACCAUACAAGGGGAUCGGGGAACCAAAAGUCCAUGUCACCAAUUUUGAAUCCAUGAUGUUUCUGAACAGUGAUGGCAACCCUAUUUUAUGCCGAUCUUUUUCUACUUUCCUGGAUGGAGCUGCUUUACUGUGGUUUUCUAAUUUGCCUACAGGGUCCAUAACCAGCUUUGACGAAUUUGCCAAAAUGUUUAUCAAUCAUUUUGCAGCAUCCAAGAUUUAUGUGAGAGACUCGGAUUAUCUCAGCACGAUCAAGCAAUGUCCGCAUGAAAGCCUCAAGGAUAACAUGACGCGGUUCACCACGGCGGCCAUGGAAAUCUCCGACUUAAACCCAGAAGUACAAUUGCAUGCUAUCAAGAGUGGCCUACGACCAGGAAAAUUCCAGGAAGCCAUAGUUGUGGCUAAGCCAAAGACGUUAGAAGAGUUCCGAGAUAAGGCCACAGGACAGAUCGAGAUAGAGGAAUUGUGA